AUGGAAGACCCGAACCGCAAGCCCGUCAAGGCCCGUGUCCUUGUGCGUGUGCGCCCCUUCACCGAGGCGGAGGGGGUGGUGUGUCCGGAGGACAGCCCUGUGCCGCGCGAGAUCAUUGAGUGGGACGGGCACCACACGCUCACGGUGCUUGACGCCGCCAACGGCUUCCAGCCGCGCAAGAACGCCCAGUUUGAGAUUGACCACGUGAUGUGGUCCUUCCGCGACGAGGAGCGGCCCAAGGUAGUGGUACACACGCAGAAGGACGUAUACGAGGCGAUGGUGGCGCCCAUGAUCCCACAGCUCGUGGAGGGCUGCAGCACCGCCUUCUGCAUCGCCGGCGCGACAGGGAGUGGGCGUGUCUACUCGCUCUACGGCGAGGAUGUGGACGGCACCAGCCGUGGCAUUCUCCCACGCUUCGCUGAAGACAUCUUCGCCGCGUUCAAGCAGCAGAAGCGCGAAAACAGCACACUCACCUGCGAGAUUGAGGCAAUCGACGUGACGAACAACGAGACGUACAUGGAUCUGCUCUCGCAGCGCCGCAAAGCCUCCGCAGCGGCGGCGGAGGACCUGAAGCUCGUGCACGACCCCACCGAGGGCAUGAAGGUGCAGGGCGCCACACGCGUGCCGGUCAACAAGGCGUCGGACCUUCUCAGCGUGCUGCGGCAGGUCGCGCGGGUGGUGCCGAAGCGCAACUGCUGUCACACCGUACACCUCCGAUUCGUGGAGACGUACGAGUUCGAGGACCCGGAGCAGGGGGAUCAGGCGGUCAGCAAAUCGCGCCGCAUCAACGUGCUCUUCGUACUGCUGCGCAACAUGCCACCAGCCUUCCAGCGCUGCGUGGAUGUCGCAGUGGAGCACGACAGUGGGGAGAACCCGCUGGCGAAGGUGCCUACCCGUGAGACAGCCUUCACGAAGCUGCACCCAGAGUUGCUGCAGCAGGGCUACAAUCUCGCGUUCCUCUGCUGCGUCAGCCCCUUCUACGAGCACACCCGAGAUACGGUGCAGACGUUGCUCCUGGCGGCGAAGCUCAUGCGGCUCAGGUGCAAGCCAAAGCUUAACCAGGAUGCGGCCCUCGUGGAGCUGCGCAACCUCGCCGACGAAGUGAGGAACCUCAAGACGGAGGUGGUGAAGCAGACGGAGUCCACGCAGAUUGUGCAGAAGGAGCUCAACGCGCGUGAGGUGGAGCUCAUGAAGCAGGAGGCCGCCCACCACGAGUGCCGGCGAAAGCUGCAGCUGUCCGAGGAUGAGAUUGCCGCGGCGAAGCACGCCCUCCGCCUGAACCUCUACCGCACCAAAUGGCAGAAAGCCAACUUCGACAAGAAUUCUCACGAUAAGAAGAAGAGCAUGGCGGCGACAAUGACGGCGAAGGAAGCGACUGAGAGGGCAGCGGAUGCCGAGGCAAAGGAAGAGGAAGACGUCAAAGCUAAGAUCAAGGAUGUGGAGCAGCGGCUGCAGGCGCAGGAGAAGAAAAAUGCGCAGUUCGAGACCCGCCUCAAUGCGCGGUCGCAGAAGGAGGAGGAGGUGAAGAAAAUGCGCAGAUUCAUCGCUGCGCCUCUGGAGGAGCGACGGCAAAUCAUUGAGGCCUCCAUACGGGAAGAGGCGCAAGCGACAAAUAAAGAUCGGCGAUUGGAGAGUGAACUGAAGGCGCAAAAGGAGGCGAAGGAAAAGGCACAGGCCCGCUGCAGUGAACUGGAGAACGACUACAAUGCCAUACACGCCGCAGAGAAGGGGACACGGGAGAAGGAGGAGAUGCAGAAGAGCAUUAAACAACUUGAGAAGGACAUUUCGAUGACUGAGGCGGAAACCAAGCGCCUACAAGGGGAGCUUGACAAGCGGCCGCCGGGUUGCCAGUGCAUUCUCAUGUAG